AUGGGGUAUUGGGGGGACAUCUUCAGCUCUGGAUCUCGAACUCACCAUCGCCGUCUCCCAGAACGGCGGCGUUUGCUUCCUGCUUACAGAGCCGACCAGGGGGCCUCUGUCAGUCCUGCGAAGGAGGUGACGAAGGUUGCUCUCCGAUUGAAAUAUCAGAUCGAACAGGUCAUUCCGUUCGAGAUCGAAGAGAGUUCUAUCACAAAGCCUAAUAGUCGCAUCAUCACCGAUGAAGUGAUCCAGACUGCCAAGCAGGCAGGUGGCGAUGACCACAAAGCCUGUGUGCUGUACUGUCUCCUUGUUUGUCUACGGUGGUUCAAGCUGCAGGCGGGAGCCGAACUCUGGGAAUCUGAUCUGCACCUGCGUCGCGCGCUGGCGUGUGAGGUCAUUGCGAAGCGCAUAAUCGAGAGCGACGAGGACCAGGACUCCCUCAUGAAGGAUGCCCUGUUACAGAGGUACUCCAUCUUCCUGGACGGAGAACCAACUACACCGGCCAACGUUAUCGAGCGAGCCGUGGAUCUACAUGCUUUGAGAGUCAUAGGCUCUUCAGGAUACCAGAAGUGUAUCAAGUAUCUCUGGCGUGGGUGGUUCUGUCAAGAAGAGGGUAACCCGACCAAUUUCGUUCCCUACCACGACAAAGACAACACAGACUUUAGAAUUCAUUUCCAUCCUGACCGUAUGAGGACUCCUUUCUAUCAGAACGCAUGCCAGAUAUUUUUCUCGUUGAUAUACCUCAUCCUGUAUACCAUCGUCAUCAAUACCGUCAACUCUACCGGGGAUUUGGAUGUUGUUGAGGGAAUCCUCUAUGUCAUGACUUUGUCCUACAUCUGUGACGAGCUCACCAAACUCUGGAAGGUUGGAAGGGACUACUUCGACUUCUGGAACGCAUUCAACUCGACUCUGUACACCAUCCUCGCAGUGUCAUUCUUCCUCCGUGUCGCCGCCCUUACGCGGUCGAGCUCCGUCAACGAUGAACAGAGGAAAACACUCAACCAGCUGAGUUACAAUUUCCUGGCCAUGGCAGGUCCCAUGUUUUGGAUGCGUAUGAUGCUCUACCUCGAUUCAUUCAAAUUCUUCGGCGCCAUGUUCGUUGUGCUGCGAGUCAUGAUGAAGGAGAGCUUGAUUUUCUUUGCCCUUCUUUUUGUCAUUAUUGGCGGGUUCUUCCAGGCGUUUUACGGAAUGGCCCAGGCAGACGGCGAACUCGCUCUUACCAGGGGCAUCAUACAAGGCAUGGCGAACAGUGUCAUGCAGAGCCCAGAUUUCGGCGUAUUCGAGGAACUGGCGUUCCCCUUUGGUCUCGUCCUCUACUAUUUGUUCAAUUUCAUUGUCAUGAUUGUUUUGCUCAACAUUUUGAUUGCCCUCUACAAUAGCGCUUAUGAGGAUAUCGCUGGCAAUGCUGUGGACGAGUACAUGGCGAUCUUCGCGCUGAAGACAAUGCAGUUUGUCCGGGCACCAGACGAAAACGUUUUCAUUCCUCCCUUCAACCUGCUCGAAAUCAUCUUUCUGGUCCUCCCAUUUGAAUGGUGGAUGCCGCGCGAGUACUACGCCAAACUGAACGAGGUCAUCAUGGGUAUCAUCUACUCACCACUCUUACUCAUCAUCGCGACGCUCGAGACCCGCGAGGCACGCCGGAUCCGGUGGAAUCGUCGCCAAGGAGAAGAGGAUGACGAUGUUGUCCAGGAAUGGGAGGAUGUUGCUGAGGAAGUUGACUUUGACGUGGAUGAUACCUGGAGACAGGCCGUGCGGGACACCACCCCAGAUCCGAAUGCAGAGAACUGUACUUUGGAGAUCAUACAGCUGCGGGAGCAGAUCAAGGAACUCACAGCUGUGGUUCAUGCGUUCAUCGAGAAGAAGGAUACGGCAGAGCACAUAAGGGAGCAAUCAAGUUCCAAUCAAGCUGACGCGGAGUAG